GAUUGGAAGACAACAGCCCUAGCCCGACAGAAGAAGCAGCUCGCUGCCGGAGGAAGCCGCGCCGAGUCCCGCAAAGCAAUUUAGAUGUCCAUGAGGAGCCUUGUCUCUCCUCAGCUGGAGCUUAAUGGAGCUGGGAAUAUGGUGAACUGCACUAUUAAAACAGAAGAGAAGAACGAGAGUUACUUCAAGUUGACUGAGGGGGAAGGUCCUUGCACAUCACCUGGCUCCAACAACCCCAACAAAUCGCCGUUGCCACUGGGUGAAUGUAUUGAUCCCCUAACUCUCCCACAGGAAUCUGUACCUCCAGUGGACAAGGCAUUAGAUUCCAGGAACCCUGUGCUCGAGCCUGCAGUUAGCAACCAGGAAAAAUUGGAUUUCAAUAAAAACCUAAGAGAAGUGAUGCCGACCAUUGAAAAGUUAUUGUCCAGUGAGUGGAAAGAGAGACUUCUGGGGAAAAGCCCUAUGGAAUCCAAAGAAGUAAAAGGAACCCAAGAAAGCUUGGCAGAGAAAGAAUUACAGCUGCUGGUCAUGAUUAACCAGCUGUCCAUCCUGAGGGACCAGCUGCUGACAGCCCAUUCAGAGCAGAAGAACAUGGCAGCUAUGUUGUUUGAGAAGCAGCAACAACAGAUGGAGCUGGCCAGGCAACAGCAAGAACAGAUUGCCAAGCAACAACAACAACUUAUCCAGCAACAACACAAGAUCAACUUGCUGCAGCAGCAGAUCCAGCAGGUCAACAUGCCCUAUGUCAUGAUUCCAGCUUUUCCUCCCAACCACCACCCUCUUCCUGUCACCUCAGAUUCUCAGAUGGCACUUCCUAUCCAGCCAAUUCCAUGUAAGCCAGUGGACUAUCCUAUGCAGCUGCUUCAUAGUCCCCCUCCUUCAGCACUGAAGAGACCUGCAAGCUCAGGCCACCUACAGAUCCAGGAAUCGUCACAGCCACUGAACUUAACAGCAAAGUCUAAAGGCUCUGAACCCCCCAAUGCCUCUAGCACACCUACUUUAAAGAUUAGUAGCAGUCAGCCCCUCAAUGCUAACCAUGGAGUUUCUCGGGAGUUGCAGACCAGCCCACCCAACCUUCCUUUGGGAUUCCUUGGAGAGGGAGAUGCUAUAACUAAAGCAAUCCAAGAUGCUCAGCAACUUCUGCACAACCAAAGCAGAGCUAUAGAUGGCUCUCCAAAUCAUCUGUACAUUAAGGAUCAUACCAGUUUGGAUUCUUCACCUGCAAAAGAGCAGAUGGAUGAGUCACCUCUUCAGAGGCUGGAUGAGUCUCUACUAACAUGUGAAGGAGAUGGCUCACGGCAUUUCCCUGAAUCCAGGAACAACAACCACAUAAAGCGUCCCAUGAAUGCUUUCAUGGUGUGGGCCAAGGAUGAAAGACGCAAAAUUUUGCAAGCCUUCCCAGACAUGCACAACUCAAGCAUCAGUAAGAUUCUAGGAUCCCGAUGGAAAUCAAUGUCCAAUCAGGAGAAGCAGCCUUAUUAUGAAGAGCAAGCACGGCUCAGCCGCCAGCAUCUGGAGAAGUAUCCCAAUUACAAGUACAAGCCCCGCCCCAAGCGCACCUGCAUUGUGGAAGGGAAGCGGCUUCGUGUUGGUGAAUACAAGGCAUUGAUGAGGAAUCGGCGCCAGGACGCCAGGCAGGGCUACCUGAUUGCGCCCCAAAGCAGCCAGAUGCCACCUUCCUCUUCGGAUCUCAUGUACCAGCGAUCAGUUGGGAUUCAACUAGCUCCGCCACUGAUGGAUCACUACUUGUCCCAUGGCAUGGAGCCAAACAUGCCAGUCAUAGUGAACACAUGUAGUCUGAAGCCAGAGGAAGGGGAUGGGGCAGAGGACAGUCAUUCGGUGCCUGAUGGGGAGAUGUACCACUACAGUGAAGAUGAGGAUUCUGAGGGCGAGGAGAAGAGUGAUGGCGAGCUAGUGGUUCUCACAGACUAAACUAAUGACCCAAGGAGCAAGCAAGUAUGGAAAGUGUGGACAAGCCUUUGUCCACUUUCCAACAUGGAACAAUUAGUUGCAUUGGAAGAAACAAGGGGGAGGGAGCUUGUUAAAGCAGAAAUGGACAUUGAGCAGAGGAACAAGUCUGUAUGCCAUCAUCUAUGGUAUUGGUAGAGUUUAUUUCCCAGUCAUUUAUCUUCUCUGGAAAAGAAGGAAUUUUGUCUUUGACCUGCUGAAUUUACUGCAAGGAGAUUGAAGGUGAAUUGAAUAUGAAUCUUGUAAUGUAUCUGGUAUUUUUUCCUACUAAGGUCAGAACUCCUGCUAAGGACAUCCCAAAACUUCACUGAAAUUAAAUAAGAGGGAACAAGGGGUAUUAUGGAAUCACUAGGGAUGAAGGAUGAGAAUGGAAAUACAGAGCAGCAGAUUUCAGAACCUGUUAUCUUUGAGCCCACCUUCGUAGCAGUUUAGUACUAAGUGUUAUGCUCUCAGGAAUGAAAGUGUGAUUGGAAAAUGCUUCUUCCUUCCAAUUGCAACUGUAUCUUUUAUAUGGUGUUCAGUUGUGUUGGAGUUCGGGGGCAAAUGCUCUGUGGCUGGGUAGCAGUUGUAUCUCUUGUUCAUUUCCUCUAUGGCUUUCUCUCCUUUCCCCAGAAAGCCAAUGUAAAAGCUUCCUUUUCCCAGCAGCCAAACACAGUCCUCACCUGUUUACAGCCUGGCCAGCUGCACCAGCUUAUAUUAGCCACCCAGUCACUACCAUUCAACCAGCCUCUUGGGGGCCUUUUCACUUUCCUGAAAUCAAACAUCUGGGUGGAACACUUAUUUCCCCUUCGUUCCGGAUGUCAGCUAGUUCUGCCUUUUCCCCCCACUCCAACUUCACUUUGUCCUGUGUUUGUUUUGUUCAACUCCCACUGGCCCUGCCAAUAAAUUCCCAUGGAGCCAUUUUUAGCUCUGGACUUGAAUGAAUAGCAACUGAGGUCUCGAAGGGCCAUCUUUACCCUUGGCAGCCUUGGCCCAACUUAUAAAUUAAGCCAUGGCCUGCUUCCCUCCUGCCCUUGUUUGCUUGCCAAUUCUCAGGACACACAGGAGAAGAGGACGUCCUGCAACAAUAGAAAGCUGACUUGAUUGUUAAGGGAUAAUCUGUGAAGUUUCUGAAGCAAUCUUUCUAGAAUUGUUUCCCUCCAGGGGUGUUAUUAGAUCUUUCAUACUCACCCACUACGGCACCAAAUGUGCAUGAUGGGAGUUAUAAUCCAACAUAUCUGGAGGGCAUCAUCUUGGGAAAGCUGUUCUGAAGCAUCUUCUGUGAAGGAAUAGGACUUCUCUUAAAUGGAGACUUUUAUUGAGUUAGGCUAAUGAUGCUGUGGUACAGGAUAGGAAACCUGUGUUCUUCUAGUUGUUCUGAAUUACGGUUCAUGGCAUGGCCAAACCUGAGGAACAGGAUAUUGUAAUUCAGCAACUCCAAGGGGUUUGUCCACUUUUGUCAUACUGGUUUAUUGAGCCUCUGGUAGGCCUCAGUAUAUUUGUAAAUUCAUGUUUUUUCCCUAAAUUGAACUCAACAAUCAUAGUUUGCAAUAUAAGUCCUUGUUUGCUUAUCAUGCUCAAAUCAUCCUGAGUUGAGUGUAUAAUGUAUACGAGUGGCUUCUUUCAUCUUCUUCCCCUUUAUCCUUUUGUGACAUUAGUGAAAGCAGCAGUCUUGCACUGAUUUAAAUUAGCUAACUGUUCUUGGUCAAUGAUAUACCAGUGGCUAGUAUCAGUACAUGGAAACAACAGUGGUGAGGGAGGCACAGAGGAUGUACAGGGUCAUGAUAUACAUGUGAUAGCACAUGUAUAGUCUCUCUCUGAUGUAUGAAUUAUGUAUAGAUAAUUUGCCUACAUUUCUCCACAUAUUUUGUCCCUAUCACAUUUGGAUAGUCCUUUAAACAUUUUUUCAUUGGAUUUCAAUCUCAGCAUGGCAAUCUUUUGCUUUCUACUGUCAGAAAUUUAACAUCACCAAGAAAUUAAAUUGGGAGUGCUUAAAGUAAAUGUGAAAUUCUCUGUUUUUUGGCAAAUUCUCCCUUUUGUUUUAGGGAGUUAAUGUAACACACUGAUCUUCACAAUUUGAGACCAGACAUGAGAUCAUGAAAGAAAUAUGGCAUUGCCCGCAUGAGUGUAUCAUGCCCACUGUAAGAUGAAGCAUAACAGUAUGUGUGCCUGCACACACACAGGUGGUGAAUUGCAAGCCUAUUAUUUAUGGCAGAAAAGUAAGGAUUGCUAUUACCAGGCAUGCUGUUUGGAGGCACCCUCUUUAAGAUAGGGGUACAAAAAGUCCACCAGCAUCCCUUUCAGAGGAGGUGGCAAAGGGUCACUGUUUUUUGCAUUUUUUGACAAUUGGGAGGUGGUUAAAGGAUGAGAUACAUACCUUAAAUCUUACAGAGGAUUUAUGCACCCAUUUCAUUCCUUGUAUGAACAUUGGAUCCUGGCCUCACCAACUUUAGGAGUGUGGUCCUUGAUAUGCCUGCCAAAACCUAGUGCAACUCUGGAGUUGACAGAAGUUGCAUGCUGAGCAUGCAAGGCAUUAUCUUUCCCACAACAGAUGAGUAUAGUUGCCACUCUGAAAUUUGAUCUUAGUGUGCACAGUGCCAUUACACAGUUUAGUGUCAUUCUAAGACACUGGACCUGGAUGGAUCUGGAUAGAAUCAGGAGUAUUUGUUUAUGAGAAACAAAGCUCUUGUCUGACAUUCUUUCAUGACAGCUUUUAUCAUUUUGUCAUAUUAAGUAUAACUUAUGUCCCUGACUAGCUUAGAUAAGUCAAAACUACUUGCACCUGUCCAGUAAUUUAUUUUCCCUUAUUGUAAUUUCAAUAAAGACAACUUUGAAAAGAGCAAAGAUGCAAUUGUAUCUUAUCAUGGAGAGGAAGUGGAUCAUUUAGUUCAUGUGUAAUAAGCAUCACGAGAAUGGGUUACACCAGCUUUACUUGAUCCUGAUGCCCUUUAGAUGUGUUAGAUUACAACUCCCACCACAUCCAACAUCAUAACCGGCAAGCAUGGAGUUCUAGUCUAGCAUCUGGAGAGCAUCAAGAUGGAUGGAUGAUGAGUUAGGCUUUGUCCUAUAUUGUUCCCCAUUCCUCCAGUUUUUUAUUAUCCUAUCCCUUUCCACUGUGCUCUAGCAACUGGCUGCUGCUUUAUUUUUGUUUGUUUUAAAAGUCUGUACAUAUAGAUAGAGCUUUAUUUUGUUAAUAAGACUAGUAACUUAACCUGUAUAUUUCAACACUCUUGUUUAUAAAGGGUUUUCUUUUUCUUGGUACAAUAAAGUUGUUUUG